UGCACUACAAUGGAGUUGAUAGACAUUGUUAUACUUUCUUUAUGGUCUCUCUUUCUGACUCUGUGGUGGCGAUACUGGUCAGUAUCCGGCCGUGGAACGAAGCACCACCUCCCGCCGGGGCCACGGGGUUGGCCACUAGUGGGUAAUUUGGUGCAAGUUAUCCUCCAACGCCGGCACUUCAUCUUUGUGGUACGUGAUUUACGGGCUAAGUAUGGCCCUAUGUUCACCUUACAAAUGGGCCAACGAACUCUAGUUAUUGUAACAAGUUCUGAGCUCAUCCAUGAAGCCCUAGUUCAGAAGGGUCCUCUCUUUGCAAGUCGACCAGCAGACUCUCCCAUCCGUCUUCUGUUCAGUGUCGGAAAAUGUGCCAUUAACUCGGCUGAACAUGGCCCUCUCUGGCGUACCCUACGCCGGAACUUCGUCACCGAGUUGAUAAACCCGAUGAGAAUCAAGCAGUGCAGUUGGAUCCGGAAGUGGGCUAUGGAAAACCAUAUGAAAAGACUCCGUAGUGAGGCUUUGGAGAAGGGUUUUGUGGAGGUGAUGAACAACUGUAGGCUCACCAUAUGCAGCAUCCUCAUAUGUUUAUGCUUCGGUGCAAGAAUCUCCGAAGACCGGAUCAAGAACAUCGAAAGCGUGCUCAAAGAUGUUAUGUUGAUGACGACGCCGAAGCUUCCCGAUUUCUUGCCGGUGCUUAUGCCUUUGUUCGGCCGGCAACUGAAAGAAGCAAAAAUAUUGAGGAAAAAACAGUUGGAGUGUUUGGUUCCUCUAAUAAGGAACAGAAAAGCGUUCAUUGAAAGUGGUGGAAACCCUAGUGGGAACCCUAGCAGCGGUGAUUCAGAGAUGUUGAGCCCCGUUGGUGCAGCUUACAUUGACUCGCUGUUCGAACUUGAACCAGCAGACCGGGGACGGUUAGGUGAAGAAGAACUGGUGACACUUGUCUCGGAGGUGAUCAAUGCCGGGACGGAUACAAGUGCAACCACUGUUGAAUGGGCUCUUCUUCACUUGGUAAUGAACCAAGAUAUACAAGAAAAGUUAUAUAGAGAGAUUGUUGAUCAUGUAGGAAAAGAUGGUAUUGUCACGGAAAGUGAUGUGGAGAAAAUGUGUUAUCUUGGUGCAGUGGUGAAGGAAACUUUCCGGCGACACCCUCCAAGCCACUUCCUCUUAUCACAUGCCACCACUAAAGAGACGGAGCUCGGCGGGUACACCAUACCACCGGACGUGAGCGUGGAGUUCUACACUGCAUGGACGACUGAGGACCCGAGUGUGUGGAAGGAUCCGGGUGAGUUCAGGCCGGAGAGGUUUCUGGACGGGGACGGGGUGGAUGUGGACGUUACUGGGACUCGGGGAGUGAAGAUGGUACCUUUUGGUGCCGGCCGGCGGAUCUGUCCGGCGUUGACACUGGGUACGUUGCAUGUCAAUUUGUUGCUUGCAAAGAUGGUUCAUGCGUUCAAGUGGGUCCGGGUUCCAGACGCCCCACCCGACCCGACCGAGACAUUUGCUUUCACUGUUGUGAUGAAGAAUCCUCUCAAAGCAGGUAUUUUACCGAGGCAAAAGGAUGAAGCUUGAAGUGUUGUCAUCUUCAUAGCAGUUUACUUGCUUGCUGGCAUGAAUUUACCUAAAUAUUUCCUUUCUUUUCUCGUGCAAUAGUGAAGUAGUAGAAUGCAUAAAAAGUGUCCUUUAAAUUUUACUAUCUAUAUGUGUGUGUAUUUUGCGUGCCCACAAACUUAGUAUUAAUUGUAUCAUUUAUUAAGCUGUGAAGUGUCCCGUUUAUUAAUGUUAUAUAUAUAUUGUGAUUGGGAUGGCAUAAAUAGCCAAUA